AUAGAGGGCGCCGAGCAAUGUCACUGGCAUCGGCAGCCUUGCCGGCCAGCUGCAUACUGCAUACAUUGAGUCAGUAAGGAAGGCAUGUUUUGUCGGGUACAUUUUGAAGCAACGUGUUGUGUAUUUCACGGACAUAGGGUUGUCUGAUUGCUCUGAUGUCACCCCAUUCUUUGCCUGCAUAAAAUACGAGUUGGUGCCUGUAGACUUACAGUAAGUGACAAAAUAAGGGACCUGGCGACUUUACGGUCACGGACGUUAGUGGUAUUGCAACAGUACAUCCAGGAUUAACGAAGACGGAAGGGCGUGGUCAGCGAUACACAAGGGGGAAGGUGGACAACAGAAGAAGAUGCCGAUAACGCAGGAAGAUUUCGGACACACCAAGGAUGGCCGCCUGGUUGUCAGGUACUCGCUCAGCAACAAGAAUGGAAUGGUAGUCAAGAUCAUCAAUUUUGGUGCUGCUGUCACCUCCAUUGAGGUGCCUGACCGGGCCGGCAACAUCGCUGAUGUGGUCUUGGGAUACGACAAACUGGAAGGCUAUGAAACGGGUGCAUUUUACCACGGGAUAGUCGUUGGACGGGUUGCCAACAGAAUCGCGAAGGGACGAUUCGUAAUUGACGGAAAGGAAUAUCAGUUGGAGACAAACAACGGGCCCAACCAUCUGCACGGUGGCUUCAAAGGAUUUGGACUGAUGCUAUGGAAUGCCACAGUGGAGGGAUCCACCCUCAAACUGACUCGUGUAAGCCCAGACGGUGAGCAGUGCUACCCCGGUGAGAUGACAGUGGAGGUCAGGUACGAGCUGACCGAUGAGAACAUCCUCAAUGUGGUGUACUCGGCCGUCACCACGGCGCCGACUCCCAUCAAUCUGACUAACCAUUCCUACUUCAACCUGGCCGGGCAUAAUGGUGACACAAUUAAACAGCACCAAAUUAGCAUUGAUGCUGACCGUUACAUUCCUGUCAGUGAUGAGCUCAUUCCAAUAGGUGAAAUGGCACCUGUGAAGGACACUGUCUUUGAUCUGAGAGAGCAAGUGGAACUGGCCGAUCGCAUCAGGGAUGCCCCUGGGGGAGGCAUCGACCACAGCUUCUGCCUCAAUGUCCCAUCCCUUGACAAGCCUUCAAUCAAGUUGGUGGAUCCCGCCACUGGCCGCUCCCUGGAGGUGUCCACCACCCAGCCCGGUGUGCAUUUCUACACGGGGAACUUCCUGGACGGCUCGGAGGUUGGCAAGAAGGACAUCUUCUAUCCAAAGCACGGCGGCCUGUGCCUGGAGACAGGCAACUUCCCGGACGCCAUCAAUCAGGACAACUUCCCAAAUGCCAUUUUGAGGCCGGGAGAGAAAUAUCUGCAAGCAACAUCUUUCAAGUUCUCCUGGUAGAAGAGUUGCGCUGCCCUGUGGUUGCUGCUCCAAGCAGCCCUUCUUUCAAUCCGUUGCCUUCAAACUUGAAAUAUUUCUCAUCUUCUAUUUUUAAUGCAGCAAAUGAGAUGUGAAGUCCAACUGAGUGACACUGAUAUAUUUUUGCAUACAUUGGACUAAUGAACAAAGGGUUCCGUAAUUGCUGAUUUAACAACAACAAAAAAACAGCAGAAUCCUUGGAAUCAAAGAUAUUUCAAAGUCUGUCAAAAAUCAUGUCCUGAUUAUAAGUAAGAGGUCCAAUACACUGCUGGUGAAUUUUGAGAAUUUUUUUGUGUAUUUUUGGAUCACUUUAGACUUAUAUUGGUGCUGGUAUGGAAAACCCUGAAAUAUUACUGUGUAUGCUGUAGGGCCACUUUAGGAAAAUUUUAGCAAUUAAGCAAGUGUUGUAGUCGAAAUCAUCACAAGACCAGUCACAAGUAACAACUUGAACAGUGACAAAGGAAUGCUGCAGUUCGUUUAGCUGGUGACUUGAAUUUAGACUGGAGGUCUUGUCUUGGUCAUGUAUGUGUUGGACUUGUUUGGUCUUAUGAAGGUCUUAAAGGGUAGCUGCAAUCAAUUUUUGUUAUUUCAAACCUCCAAAAUGCACCUUUGUGCCUCAGUUAACCUCAUUU